UCAGAAAUGGCCAUUUCACUGUGGAAGAACUUACUUCAGACUACAAAGAAAAGGAUUCUGCAGCAGAGAAGGUUGGGCCUGUACAGUAGUGCUGAUGGUUAUGAGGAGGGAUCAAUAAAGAAGAAACUUCAGCAGUUUGCUGGUGGAUCCAUCAACCUUUCCAAAGAAGACAAUGGCAUUGGAAUACUUACUUUGAACAACCCAAGGCUAAUGAAUGCCUUUACAGGUACUAUGAUGGUGGAGCUCCAGGAGAAGGUAACUGAACUGGAAAACUGGAAGGAUGGCAAAGGCCUUAUCAUCUAUGGUGCAGGAAACACCUUUUGCUCAGGAUCUGAUCUGAAUGCUGUCAAAGCAAUAUCCAACCCCCAGGAUGGGAUGAAUAUGUGCAUGUUUAUGCAAAACACCUUAACCAGGCUGAUGAGAUUGCCUUUGAUCAGUGUUGCACUAAUCCAAGGAAAAGCUUUUGGAGGAGGAGCAGAGCUUACUACAGCCUGUGAUUUCAGGUUGAUGAGCCCUGGGAGUGAGAUUCGCUUUGUCCACAGGCACAUGGGGCUGGUGCCAGGCUGGGGAGGCGGCGCCCGGCUGGUGCGCAUCGUCGGCGCCCAGGCUGCCCUGCGCCUGCUCAGCGGAGCUGACGCGGUGGACCCCGAGACAGCUCUGCGCCUUGGGCUCUCAGAGCAGACCUUGUCCUCUUCAGAGGGAACCAAAGCCUUAGAAGAAGCCCAGGCCUGGCUGAGUCAGCUCACAGAGGGGCCAGCCAGCGUGAUUCGGGCUGCGAAAGCGGUGGUGACGGCAGGCGGAGAGCUGCCACUGGAGGCUGCCCUCAGGACAGAGAGGGAGGUGUUUGGAACGCUGUGGGGUGGCCCUGCCAACCUGGAGGCUCUGCUUAGAAGACCCAAACAUAAAUGACAUUGGAGGCUGGGAAAAUGUUCCUGUCUUGGA